AACACAAAAAAAAAGCUUACUUUAACUUUCUCUUUGGUUUUGCCAAAAAGAAAGACAACAAAAACCUUUAUAUACCCUUUAUAAGAUCUCUCCAGCUCUAAACUUUUAUUUCCCUAUCUGGGUUUUCUUAGUUUUGGAUUUUGAAGUUGGAAAAAAAAGAAAAAAAAUGUAUCCCAGAGUGAAGGUGAGAGCACAAGAAGAUUGCUUUUCUCCACAGAUUGAUAGUAAACCAACCACCACUGCUCAACAAGAAAAAGAGAAUCAGAACAGUGAUUCGCCAUUGCUACCAAUCGCCAGGAUUUUGAAAGCUUAUGUGCUAAACUCGACGAUGGAAUUGAAUUCUGCUUCCAAAGUUGAGAAAAAGAGACCUGUUGUGAAGGAUUCUAAGCCAAAUCUCGGAGCUAGCUCUGUUCCGAGGCCUCGUGCCGUGUUAUCUAGCCCUGAUAAUGAUGGGUUGAUUGGAAGUAGAAACAAGUUAUUGAAGGAAAGAAGUUCAGCUCUGAAAAUGAAAAUGCAUAGCAAAGGAGAAGAGAAAGUGGGUGGUGGAGUUGGUCGGAUUAAGACAAUCCCAAUUGAGGAGGGACUUAAAAGCAAGACUUGUUCUGAUGAGGGACUUAAAAGCAAGACUUGUACUGACCAAAAGCAGAAGAAGAUGAAAAAGCAAGGAAAGCUUCAACAAGAACAAGAAGAAGAAGAACAUGUGGUGAGAACAAGCCAGAAGAAAAGGAUUUUGAGAGUUGGCAAAGGAAAAUAAAGUUUAGUUUGAUUUUAUUUUAUGUUCUUUUCACUGUCAAAAAGUAAUUACUACUUGUUGUUUGUAUCACUGAUUGUAUGGCUUGAAAGUUACUAAAAUGAUUGAAAGUUACUAAAAAGAUUUUGGUGCAUGUUUAAAUUAAAUUAAUGAGUGACACUACAUACAAU